GCUGCUGGUUAUCAGAUCAAUCAUUAAAGAAAUUUAAAAAAGAAUAUUUUUUAUUGUUAUUGUGUCUUCUUUUUCUUUUCAUGUUUAGCCGCAGAGAAUGCUGGAUAAUUUAGCUUAAACCUCUUUUUUUAUCCACAAAAGGUGUUAACAAUUUACUUCUACACAAAGUUUAGUAAAGCUGGUAGUGCAAUAAUGAAGUUGAAGGGAAAUACAAUUGAUAUGAGUUGCUAUCGAUUUUUGAUAGGUGUGAUUGCCAUUGACUGGAAGUUGAAGUGUGAAGAGUUUUUGAUGAGAAUUUGUAAGACUACAAUGGCUUAAUCUACUCGAACCAAGUCUCAUCAAACAAACCUAAAACCA